GAGAUUCACGGCUAACGGUAUACCUAUAUUGACAUUUAAUUAGUUUGUUGUUUUUUUAAUUCUAUUAAAAAAGUAACAAAAUGUCGGACGCCAAGAAGAAUCUCUUGCUGUUCUUCGACCGGCCGACGGAGCCCUGCUUCAUGCAGAAGGGCGAAGAGAAGACAUUCUUCCGGAUGCCAACGAACUACUAUCCCGAUAAGUACAAGUCGGCGAGCAAUGUCCUCGAGAACAGAUUCAGCGACGGCGCGUCUCGCACCAUCGAGGUGCGCAACAUCGCGCUGCCCAACCUGUCUCUCCCCAUGGAGCUGCCCUACAACGACCAGUUCUCGCUGUUCGUGCCCAAGCACAGGCGGAUGGCCGGCAAGCUGAUCGACAUUUUUAUGAAUAUGCGUGAUUUGGAGGACCUGCAAUCCGUCUGCUCUUUCUGCCAGAUGAGGAUCAACCCGUACAUGUUUAACUACUGUCUGUCCGUCGCUAUAUUACACAGAGAUGAUACCAAGGGUCUGACCAUCCCCACCUUCGCAGAGACCUUCCCCGACAAGUUCAUGGACCCCAAGGUGUUCAGACGCGCUCGGGAAGUGAGCACUGUUCUGAAUGCUGGAGAUAGGCUGCCGGUGCUGAUCCCGCAGAACUACACGGCGGCGGAGUCGGAGCCCGAGCAGCGCGUAGCGUACUUCCGCGAGGACAUCGGCAUCAACCUGCACCACUGGCACUGGCAUCUCGUCUACCCCUUCGAUGCUGAGAACAGAGCCAUCGUCGACAAGGACCGGCGCGGGGAGCUCUUCUACUACAUGCACCAGCAGAUCAUAGCCAGAUACAGCGUAGAGCGAAUGUGCAACGACUUGGGCCGGCCUCGUCGCUACAAUGACUUCAGGCAGCCCAUCGAGGAAGGAUACUUCCCUAAACUGGACUCCCAAGUCGCCAGCAGAGCCUGGCCGCCCAGGUUCGCGGGUUCCACGAUCCGUGACUUGGAUCGACCUGUAGACCAGAUUCGAAGUGAUGUUUCCCAACUGGAGACCUGGAGGGACCGCUUUUUGGAGGCCAUCGAGAACAUGGCUAUCAUUCUGCCGAACGGUCGCCAAAUGCCGCUGAACGAAGAGACCGGCAUCGACAUACUCGGUAACUUGAUGGAGUCGUCCAUCAUCAGUCGCAACCGCGGCUACUACGGAGACAUGCACAACAUGGGACACGUCUUCAUCUCCUACUCGCACGACCCUGACCACAGGAAUUUGGAACAAUUCGGCGUCAUGGGAGACUCCGCCACGGCCAUGCGGGACCCGAUCUUCUAUCGCUGGCACGCCUACAUCGACGACAUAUUCCACCUCUACAAGGCCAAGUUGCCGCCCUACGCACAGGAGAAGCUGGACUUCCCCGGCAUCCGCGUGUCGGGCGUGGGCGUGGAGGGCGCGGGCGGCGCCAACGAGCUGCGCACGCAGUGGGAGCAGAGCACGGUGGAGCUCGGCCGCGGCCUCGACUUCACGCCGCGCGGCAGCGUGCUCGCCAGCUUCACGCACCUGCAGCACGACGACUUCAGCUACGUCAUCUCCGUGAACAACACGAGCGGCUCGGGCGUCAUGGGCACGGUGCGGCUGUUCGCGGCGCCGGCGCUGGACGAGGGCGGCCGCCCGCUCGCCUUCGAUGAGCAGCGCCGACUCAUGAUCGAGCUCGACAAGUUCACGCAAGCCAUCCCCGCUGGCUCGAGCACUAUCCGCCGCAACAGUUUGGACUCGUCGGUGACCAUCCCCUACGAGAGAACCUUCCGCAACCAGAGCAACCGUCCCGGAGACCCGGGCUCCGCGGAGGCCGCCGAGUUCGACUUCUGCGGUUGCGGCUGGCCGCAUCACAUGCUGAUACCUAAGGGCACGCAGCGGGGAUACCCCAUGGUGCUCUUCUGCAUGAUCUCCAACUGGAAUGAAGAUAGGGUGAUGCAAGACCUGGUGGGCGCCUGCAACGACGCGGCGUCGUACUGCGGCAUUCGCGACCGCAAGUACCCCGACCGCCGGCCCAUGGGCUUCCCCUUCGACCGGCCCACCGCCGCCAACAGCCUGGCUGACUUCCUCACGCCCAACAUGGCCGUCGCCGACUGCACCAUCCGCUUCACCGACGCCACGCGCCAGCGCGCUGCGCGACGGUAAGCGCGCAGGGGGGGGGGGGAGAUACUGGGGGGAGGAUACUGAACUGAUUGCGUUAUAAUCGAAGCUAUGGAAUUAUUGAUCUGUUUACUGUACGUGUAAUGAUAAUCUGUAUUGAACAUCUUCUGCUUACGACCGAGUUCGACGGUUAGUUUCGAUUUGUUGAUUUUAAAAUAUGAAUCUCGUUUAUAGUGUUAUACAAAGAAUAUUCUACGAGUCCCUCCCCUAGUAGUCCCCUGUGUUUCCCAACAAUAGUCCAGUAACGACAGUCAACAGCUGAGCUAUUGAAUUGUAGAUCUAAUGAAGGAAAGCGCGUCAAGCGAUCCUGCGGGUGCUCGGACUAUGGACCAGGAGACAUUGAUGCUCUCAUUCGGAAACCAUAUUAUUAUAUCAAAUGCGAUCAAAAAAAUCAUAUAUUUUAGACCGAGCGGAAUAUUUGACUUAACAGCUCAUUCAUUUUGAAAAAUGGUUGUUGUUACUUGGCAGACUUAGCAAGGAAAAUGGAUCUUGGAUUGGUUUAGGUUUAAGUUUUGGGUCACUUAUUAUAGUUUGUUAGAUCUAAGCUGUACAAAUGUAAAUACUUUUUAAUUCAUAAGACUGAAUAAAUUAGCCUUUCACCAA